GAACUACAUGCUUAUACUAACAUGCAUGAGCCAGCAGCAGCCAGUGACCCACCGACACACCGUGAGGACAGAGACGGACAGACAUGCCAGCAGCCGCGGAUGUACGUGAGACAGGCUCGGCUUCAGCGGGACGUCUGUUGUCAGAGAAUGCCACUGCAAGCAAACCGUCCGGCUAUUGUAGCUUGAGGGUCGUCCCGCUUAACAUCCUCCGGCAUGCCCGCUGUACAGAGCCAGCAAAGCAGCAGGAUUUCUCUCUCCGAUACAAACAUGGGUUCCUUUAAGAGGAGGAAGAGGAAAUCUAUCAUGGUGACAGUGAUGCUGCUCAUUGUAUCUGUGCUCAUCCUCAUCUUCGGCCUGGCAGCGACUACCAGGACGCAGAACAUCACAGUGGGCGGCUACUACCCAGGAGUCAUUCUGGGCUUUGGCUCUUUUCUGGGAAUUAUUGGCGCUCAUCUGAUAGAGAACAAGAGGCAGAUGCUAGUGGCAUCCAUUGUGUUCAUCAGUUUUGGAGUGGUGGCUGCCUUCUGCUGUGCUAUUGUAGAUGGAGUUUUUGCUGCCAGGCACAUUGACCUCAGGCCUUUGUAUGCUGGCCGCUGUGACUAUCACUCCAGUGAGACUGCAUCUGACCGCGAUGUACCCUGCCAGACGUCAUCGCGCAUGUCCUGUAACCUGCGUGUGAAGAGCAACACCUGUUACUGCUGUGACCUGUACAACUGUGGGAAAGAACAUCCUCUUAUGGGACUUCAGAAUAAAGAUGUUUUAAAAAAGUUUAGGAAAUCAUCCAUGAUUUGGAACCGUGUUGAAGUGAUUGGAGGCUACCAUGAGUACACAGAUGUGAAGAGCUGCCAAGAUGUGGUGCACCUUUACCACCUGCUAUGGUCUGCAACCAUCCUCAACAUCGUGGCCCUCUUCCUGGGAAUCAUCACUGCUGCCGUGCUGGGAGGCUUCAAAGACAUGACGCCCUCUCCUGCCUCAGAUUCAUGUGAACCAGAGGCCAUCACAGCCCCUGUCCCAUCAGAGCCGCCGGCACCCACCACUUCUCUCAACUCUUACUACAACACUGCCCCCUGUCUGCCGCCUUACACUGCCUACGACCUGCAGGGCUCGGGUAUGUUCCCUGACUCCUCAGGACUGUCAGAUGAGUCCCAGUCUGGAGCCAGCCACAUGUGGCCUACGAUGAUCCCGCCACGCUACUCGCCUCCUUACUACCCUCCAGAUGAGAAGCCGCCACCGUACAGCCCCUAAAGGCGGUGGCGAACAGGCUGAUACCGCGUCUCGGACCUUUGACAGAUGUUGUCAGAUCAUGAACGUGUGGUUUGAAGGCACACUGCCUCUUGGCUUUUCGCAGCAAAGUCAAGAGCUCUCAUGUGUGCCGAAAGAAGAGAGAGAGUGGGAGAUAGAGAGCGAGAGAGAGAGAGAGGGGUACAAAUAGCAUGUGUCACAGUCACCCUAAUUGUGAACGCCAUUCAUCACAGGAAAGGGAAAGGAGGAAGGCUCUGAAGGCACAUUCAUCUCACUAAAUAUGCUACCUUUCAGUUCAGCCCAACCCAAGAGAGCCAACAGUUGUUUUCAGGCACCGCUCACACUCUGCCCUGCACUCUGUGUGUGUGUGUGUGAGUGAGCGUUUGUGUCUAUUUUUGUGCAUCCACGGAGGGACAACCACUUCAAUGCCAGGACUGUUUACACAUCUGCCUUAAUACAAGUGGACUUCCAGUGCUACGGUACGGUUCGGUCACCUGAGCUGCGUCUACGGGCUCCACCCGGUUAGCCAUUUUCUUCCAGCUUACGCUUAGUGUUCCCCUCACUUAUAUUCACGCUUCCAGCUUCAAGUGGUACAAAUGAAGUUCCUCAUCGUCAGUGAGGAUGAUAGGUUUGAUCAUGAUAGGUCUUGAUAUAAAUUUAUUUGCACAGGCGGACCCCCCCAUGUGAUAUAAACAAACACCAUGUUAGAUGGCUACUUUUAUGUCUUUUCUGAAUCUACAUAUGGGCAGCUAGACAACUCAGAACUGUACAGAGUUUUAGGCCCAAACAAGUUGUUCCUAGAGAUUACUAGUGAUUCACUGUACAUUAUCACAGUGUAAUUAAGACUUUACAUGCUUACAAAUAACAAUAUGAUAUACAACUGUUCUUUUAGCACAAAAAGCAUAAGGUACAGAAAUACAGAUCAUAGCAUCUAUUCAACAACUUCCCUUCACUUAAUGUUCAAGAAUAUCUUGAAUGAAUGUGUGGAGGAUUUUGCGGAUCAAUGUUCAUUGAAGAAUAAGCUAUUUUAUUUAGUUGUGAAGAAAGCACCGUAACCACUACACUCCUAACCCAAUCUAUUUAUUGUAUCUUCACUAAAUGCUGCAAAGGAGGUAAGUAUACACAGUAGUCUUUCCCACUGUAAGUAAUUACAUUUACAAUCGUAAGUGUUGGCUUCGUCAAAAAUAAACAUUAGCAUGUCUCAAAGUAAGGUUGAACUUUUGAAACAUUCGGUGCUGGUUUUACUGACAUGGGAUCAGAAAGUGGUAGUCCUUAACUAAAAACUAUUUCUCACAAAUGUGAAGACGACAUCGUAGCAGAGGUCUCAUCCAUGAAACCAGCCUUUGUCAGCUUUAAUCACUGCUUUUUAUAAUUUGAAGAACACUUUCUCAGGGGCUGAUAAAGUGUCGUUUUUUGUUUUUCUCCUUGCCAUUAAAACUGUUUUGUGUAAUUAA